CACAUCCUCCUCUUUUCUGCAAUAUACAACACAGCAACCCUUUCCCCUGCCCUCAGUGACUUGCCGUACUAAACUACCAUAUUCCUUCUCGUCCUUCUAUCGUUCCUGAGUUGCUCCUUACAACCCACUUACCUGUGUGCCGUGCAUCGCCUUCUUUUCUCCCCAAGAUGGCCACGGAGACAGCUCCCCCGCCGCGGGAGCGCAAGCCCUCAAUGGGAGCUCCCAUUUCCACCUUUACAGGUCCUGUCGGCCCUGGCUUCUCUCGACCCAAGCAUAAGAGAACUGCUACGGGUUUUGGUGCCAGUGAUAUCAAGGCUGUCGAGUCAAGCAUUCCCGAGCAUAUGCGAGAGGCCUGGAGGAAAUUCUCUCCCAAGGGCUUCACCUCCAAGGAGGAUUUUGAGGCUGAAUGUGUCCGACAUAUUGAGACCACACUCGCACGAUCACUCUUCAACUGUGAUGAAUUAGCUGCGUACUCUGGCACUGCCCUGGCCUUCCGAGACCGCCUUAUCAUCGAUUGGAACAAGACCCAACAACGGCAAACCUUUGCCGAUCAGAAGAGAAUCUACUAUUUGUCACUCGAAUUUCUCAUGGGCAGAGCCUUGGACAAUGCUAUGCUGAAUGUUGGCUUGAAAAAUGUGGCGAAACAGGGUCUGGAUGAGCUUGGGUUUCGAAUUGAAGACAUCAUCAACCAGGAACACGAUGCAGCCUUGGGCAACGGCGGCCUCGGUCGACUUGCGGCUUGCUUCCUCGAUAGCAUGGCCUCCCUGAACUAUCCUGCCUGGGGCUACGGUCUGCGUUACCGAUACGGUAUCUUUAAGCAAGAGAUCGAGAACGGUUACCAGGUCGAAAUUCCUGACUACUGGCUGGACUUCAACCCUUGGGAGUUCCCCCGACACGACGUGACGGUUGACGUCCAGUUCUUCGGCUGGGUCAACAAGUACACCGAUGACGAGGGCAAGCAAGUUGUCUCGUGGCAGGACGGGGAGAUGGUCACAGCUGUGGCCUACGACGUCCCUGUUCCCGGUUAUGGUACAUCGACUGUCAACAACCUCCGUCUUUGGUCUAGCAAGGCGUCCAGCGGAGAGUUCGACUUCGCCAAGUUCAAUUCCGGAGACUACGAGAGCGCCGUGGCUGAUCAGCAACGCGCAGAAACCAUCUCUGCGGUGUUGUACCCCAACGACAACCUGGAGCGAGGUAAGGAGCUACGACUGAAGCAGCAGUAUUUCUGGUGUGCGGCCUCCCUUCAUGAUAUCAUCCGAAGAUUCAAGAAGACCCAGCGCAAGUGGUCAGAGUUCCCGGAUCAGGUCGCCAUUCAGCUCAACGACACUCACCCAACUCUGGCUAUCGUUGAACUUCAGAGAAUCCUGAUCGACAAGGAAGGUUUGGAAUGGAACGCUGCGUGGGACAUUGUCACCAAAACAUUUGGAUACACUAAUCACACCGUACUCCCAGAGGCUUUGGAGAAGUGGUCUGUCCCUCUUAUCCAGAAUCUACUCCCCAGACAUCUGCAGAUUAUCUACGAUAUCAACCUGUUCUUCCUUCAAACUGUUGAACGACGUUUCCCCAAAGAUCGAGAGAUGCUCUCGAGAGUUUCUAUCAUCGAAGAAUCCAAUCCCAAAAUGGUCAGAAUGGCAUAUCUCGCCAUUGUCGGAUCCCACAAAGUCAAUGGUGUGGCCGAAUUGCACUCGGACCUUAUCAAGACGACUAUCUUCAAGGACUUUGUCAAAGUCUACGGCCCAGAUAAAUUCACCAACGUGACCAACGGCAUCACUCCUCGACGAUGGCUGCACCAAGCUAACCCACGCCUAUCAGAGCUCAUUGCUUCCAAGCUCGGAAGUUAUGAGUUCCUCAAGGACUUGACUCUCCUAAACAAACUUGAACCUUUUGUGGAUGACAAGGAAUUCAAGAAGGAGUGGGCCGAGAUUAAAUAUGCCAAUAAGGUCAGACUUGCUCAACAUAUCCUCAAGAGUAAUGGCGUUAGUGUCAACCCCAAGGCACUUUUCGACGUGCAAGUGAAACGUAUCCACGAAUACAAGCGACAGCAACUCAACAUCUUCGGCGUCAUCCACAGAUACCUGGCAAUCAAAUCCAUGACACCCGAGGAGCGCAAGAAGCUCGCGCCCAGAGUGUCCAUCUUCGGCGGCAAAGCUGCUCCGGGUUACUGGAUGGCUAAGACGAUCAUUCAUUUGAUCAACAAGGUGGGAGAGGUGAUCAACAAGGAUCCUGACGUCGGAGAUUUGCUCAAGGUCAUUUUCCUCGAAGAUUAUAACGUCAGCAAGGCCGAGAUCAUCAUUCCAGCUUCAGAUAUCAGCGAGCAUAUUUCCACUGCAGGUACCGAGGCGUCAGGCACGAGCAACAUGAAGUUUGUCCUUAACGGUGGCUUGGUCAUCGGCACGCUUGACGGAGCCAAUAUUGAAAUCACUCGUGAAAUCGGGGAGGAGAAUGUGUUUUUGUUUGGUAACCUGGCUGAAGACGUAGAGGAUCUCCGACACAAUCACUUCUAUGGUGACUAUAGCGUCAACCCAGAGCUUCUCAAGGUCUUUGAAUGCAUCAAGUCUGGUACAUUUGGCGACGAAGCUGCUUUCGGAGCCCUUAUCAGUGCCAUUGUUGAUCAUGGAGACUACUACCUUGUGAGCGACGAUUUCGACAGCUACUGCAAGACUCAUGAUCUCAUCGACGAAUCUUACAAGAACCAAGACAAAUGGGUCAGCAAAUCGAUUCAGAGUGUUGCUAGGAUGGGUUUCUUCACUUCAGACCGAUGCAUCAAUGAAUAUGCCGAUUCCAUUUGGAACAUUGAACCUCUGGCCGUCAAGGAGGAGGCCGAGGUUCGAGCUAGAACAGGGCUUGAAAAAUAGAAUGGAUAAUAUUGGUCAUGAUCAGUCUUGACUCGAAGGCUGAAAAUGGGAUGCUGCAGAAAGCGUCUUAGAACGCUGUCGAGCGGUGAGCAAAACAUGAAGGAACAAAUACUGGAUAUGGACAAAAUCAUGGGUCGUGUGAAAGACCAGACUCUAGACAGGCUUCUACAAAGAUGUCAAAUUACUAAAAUGGAUAAUGACAAGGCUUGGUAACGAGAGAAUCUCUGUGUGCCUCAAGCAUCAAUGUGAUCACUUUACUUAAGAUAGAUCUCAGUAUGUCCAAGACAACAAAUAACGUGUCUGACGUGUAACAACAUGGAGACUUGGCGGUG